AUGCGGCCGGUAAGAAGCAAUACCGUACCAUCCUGGUCCGUAUCGUCUCCGUCUGCAGACGCUGAGAAGAGCCCAAGAUGUGAUGGGAAUGGAAGCAAGCAGUCAGCAGACAUCAUCUGCAAUCUCGACAGUAAAGACGCUGCUAUUCCCCGAGGUCCGAGAAAGAUUACGAGGGUUCAAAGAGCAUCAGGUCCGGUAUGUCCGAUUGUAGCAAGAACAAGCUAUGGAACCAACAAUCUUCGAAUUAAGCCUAUUUACCCUCUAGGCAGAGAGAUUAUCCUUCUUUUCUUUGUUCUCUAGAAGUUGCGUAGCUUUUAGAUUGACGUUACAUCUAUUAUCAUAACUCUACUCGAUUAUUAGCACCCCCUCACAUGCGACCAACACAACAGCACGCUACCAGUACGUUACCAACAUAUUACAACACACUUUUCCUAUCCAGCUUCCAUAAUCGGCAACUAACCCCCGUCUGUUGGAUUGUCACUUAUAGCCGCCACCGCCUUCGGCACCGGUUGUUAUCACCGUCUUCCUUUUGUUCGGUGUCUUUGCGGAACCUACCAGUAUCAGAAGCAACAAUGCUUGGAUUAUCCAUAACCGAAACACGAACCGGUUCAGUAGUAGCGCAACAUGGCGAAGAAGAAGCAAAGAAACUUCACGUGUUUCUACGGUACUUUUGAUAUUGCUUUUCAUACCAUUCAUGAAACAAAUCACCCGAAUUUCCGAAUCCUCACCAGUGCUGCUUCUUGGUCGAGGCGGUUCAAUCAGCGCUUAG